ACGAGACGCUAUAUGCUCUAAUUUCUUUGACGAAUACAAGUUAUCAUGAUCCAUGUCCCAAGAAUGCCGGAGUUUUCUAACUGUGGGACUAUGAAUUUAGACUCUAUGGACACAACAACUGACCAAGACCUGAGCUCUGCAGCAGGAAGCCGAGGCAGGCAGAGGUCUCACUCCUAUUAUAGCCCAGAGGAUGCAAAGAACUACGGUCUGCAGACUAAGACAGAGGAAAACUUCCUUAGGCCUCGCUCCAGGUCCUUCUAUAGCUAUGAGACAUCAGAGCUGUACUCCGACUGUGCAGAGGGAAACUCAAACAGGUCCGGAGUCCCGGAGCCGAGGGCCAGCUCCCUGCAACAGUAUGAAGCAACCAAAAAGGACAAGAGGGACGGAGAUGGGAUGAUUAUUCGGCUCACCUCCAAGAAGUCCAAGCCUAAAUCCAACAGGCAACUGGCCUCCAGAGACCUUAAUGGCAGUAGAGGCAGCCUGAAGUCAGUUUCCAUGAUGACCAUCUCAGAGUCAGACAACUGGGAGAUCAGCUCCAAUUCGGGGAUGAAGUAUGGACAGUUUGUGGACUGGGAGAAGAUUGACCCUGAGGCUGCUGAGAAAUACCAGCGACUCCUGAAGAGUGAGCACCAAGAGAUGAAGAUUAUGGGCCGUCAGGGCUUCUGGGCUAUGCCCCAUACAUUGCGGGCAAAAGCGUACUACCACAUCAUCCAUCACAUCCACUCCAGGUGUGCAGCUCCAGACAGAGAUGUCUACCAAGAAGUUACCAAGAAGCUCUUUGGAGAACAGAAAGUCAGCACCCACCCUGUCCCGGAAUACAUGGAGGGUGGAGAAAUACCCAGAUACUGUCUCAACAAAGCGGGCCUGAACUCUGUCAAAAAGAUCCUUCUUUGCCUUGGCAAGUACUUCCCAGACAUGAACUUCUGUCCCAUCCUCCCUGCCUUGGUCUCCCUCAUCCUCCACUUCAGCGAGGAUGAAGCUGAGUGUUUCUACAGCAUUAGUCGACUUAUUUCCUACAAAGACCCCAACAAGCGCUACAUUGACCAGACCUUCCUCACCUACCGUGCAUCUUGUAUGACCUUUGGAGACCUGGCUAACAAGUACUGCCGUGGCAUCCGCAAGCUGAUUGCCAGCUCCGAUCAAAACCUUUUUGAGUUUUACUCUGACUGGAUCAUGUGGAUCUUUGCUGACCUUCCCUUCACCUACGCCAUCAGAGUGCUGGAUGUCUACCUAUUGGAGGGCUACAAGGUCCUCUACAGGGUAGCCCUGGCUUUGCUCAGCCUCUACAAAGUGUCUGUGUCAUCGCGGGUGGCAGAUGUGGAGGACUUCAGAAGAGAUAUGAAGAGCUUUGUGCAGAAUGUAGCGCGCCACUGCACAGCCGAGAAGCUUCUGGAAAAGGCCUUUAUGAUCCAAAUGGCCACACGGAGAGAGCUCAACCUCCUUUUCAAUGCUAACAUGGACUCACUCAUGCAAAAAGGUGUCCACAUCCAACAGAAGAGGCAGGCGGUGCAGAUGGUGGACUUCAGCACCUUCAGCUCCAGUGUUGUCACGAGGACAGAGAUGAGAGUCGUCUGGGCUUGGAUACCUGAGCGCUUUGCCCUGUUCAGUCCCAUUAGGCUGUUUAGCACAACUGAACACAACAGAAGCCUGGACUCAUUCUACUCUCAUGUGGAGGGACAUGAACCAACGGUCUUAAUUCUCAAAACUGUGGAUGAAGAGGUGUGUGGUGCCUUCCUGUCAACAGAUGUGAUAGAAAGAAGAAAGCAUGACUCUGAGGGACUCACAUAUUUUGGAACUGGGGAGAGUUUUGUUUUCACGCUUCGCCCCAGCAUGGAGCGCUACCAGCAGACUAUGGUCAACAUCAUGACCAGGAGACUUUCGCCUCAGCAGGUCCGGGUCAGCAGCCGUGUCUCCAAUGGUGACAAGUCCCCCAUCGCCUCCACCACAGUCAGCACCCUGACCUGUCCAGCUGGGACCCCGCAGGACCCCAGCUACCUAACCAUCCCCUUCACUGCCCCCUCAGAGGAACCCCUGUGUGCCAAAGAGCCCAAGAGACCCAAAGAACAAGGACCUUCCAUGUUCAUAGCAGGCAGUGACAGUCGGCUUGUUAUCGGUGGUGAUGGAGGCCACGCUCUCUGCCUACAUGCAGACCUUGAGGGAGGAUCCACUGAACCCUGUGACACGUUCAAGAGCAUUCCGCUCUGCAGAGGACAAUUCAAAAUCCAGUCCCUUGAAGUAUGGGGCAUCCAGAACUCUAUCUCCUUCUCUCACUGCUUCUCCUCUCAAUAAGAGAGAGAACAACUCACCCACCUUUGAGUUCAAGGUCAAGAGUAUUUUAAUUUUUCUUGAUCUAUAUUCCCUGAACUUGAUUUUUUCUUGAUGUUCAAAUAUUUAUUUUCCAAAAUGCAUAUUACACACACAUUAUGGAGCACUUGAGUGAGACUUGACCUGUUGACUAAUUAGAUGAAUCCGUUUAGUCUCAUUAUGUAGGGACAAAGAUAUUGAUACAAAAUAUAAAGGAUGCAGAUUUUUUAUGAUUUGUUUUAUAUACCUUGCACUGUAUUGUCUGCAAUUUAUCAGCAUUUGAUAAUUAAAAUAAUUAGUUUCAUGCACAUUAUAUGAUGAAUGAAUGCAGGUUCUGUUUUCUUGUCUGAUUCACAACAACUUUAUAUCUUUUAGUGUAUGCACAACACAGACAAAAGCAAAACAAUCCCUAGAAUUCGCAUUGAUAUUAGGAACAGCCAUCAGGUCAAAAUCAUUAAUAUCACAUUAUCAAGACAGAAUAUGUAAAACGAGUAUAGUAUACAGGGUAUUUAUGUGUAAUUACCUGCUCACUUGUAGCUAUGUGUUAUUUUAUGAACAGUAUAUGCACUUUAUUUUGUGUGAUUACAGAAAAAGGCUUGGGUACAUGAGUUAUUCAUCUUCCUUUAUUCUUCCAGAUCGAUAAAUGUCACUUAAGCAAGUUCAUAUUUUAUUAGUAGGAUACUGUUAAUAAUUCAUUUGUUUACAUGGUUUGAAUUGUGCUUUGUUACAUUAAGAGAUCUAUAAUAUUAGGUUAUUGCAUGCUUGGCAAUCUUCACUAAUAUAGCUGCUCAAUUAUUGAAGCUGUUAUUUUCCUAAUUUUGACAAUCGAACAAGUGACAACACAUUAGCCAAGACUGUAAGGGCUCUGACUGGUGGUAGUUGUUGUCGAUUUUGUUUAAAUACACCAGGUUGAAAUUGGGUUAUUGUUGUUCAGAUGAUUAAAAUAAGCUUGAUAAUCUA